UAUCGGGUCGCUUGUGUGACAAUGUGAAUGGCAAUUGCGUGCAAGUUGGCCCAAAAAGGCCGAGUUGAAUUUUGUGUUAAAAUGUAACUUUAGUUUAUUUAAAUGUAACUACCUCUAUAACUUGCAGAUUUAAUGCGACAAUGUAGAAUCUCCUCAUAGUUUUUCUAUAAAAAUACAUGUACAGACAUUCAUUCAAACAUUCGAAACAUUCCAAUUGGUCUAGUGAAGUAAUCAUGGAUACAUGAACUAAAGUUCUGCACGGACUGGAAAGAGCAGAAAGUAACGGAAACGGCAGGGAAGAAGAGUCAACGAUGUCAAUGAACUCAAACCAACAGCAGCAGUUGCAGCAGCAGCAGCAGCAGUUACAUCAACAACAUGCAACAGCACAGACAGCAACAUGCCACCGUGAGAGAGAAAGGGGCGGCAGGAGUUGCAGCAACAACAACAAUAGCAACAGCAACAAUCCAAACAACAACAACAACAGAAAUUCACAGCGCAAUUUGGUGGAAUUUCUAUGCAUUUGCAUUGCCUGCGUGUUUUGCUAUUACAACAGCACCCAGUGUGGCCUGGUUUUUGAUGAUAUCAGUGCGAUAAGGGACAACAAGGAUCUGCGUCCUAGCACGCCACUGCGUAAUGUGUUCCUCAACGAUUUCUGGGGCACACCGAUGCGCAAGGAGCAGUCGCACAAGUCCUACAGGCCACUGACGGUGCUGACAUUUCGCUUCAACUACUUGCUGCAUUCGCUGGAGCCAUUCGGUUAUCAUUUGGUCAACCUGCUGCUGCACAUCGCCGUCUGUCUGCUGUGGCGUCGUGUGUGCCGCCUUUUGCUGCGCCAAUGUGCGGCACCCAGCAAUGAGGCGACGACGCCAUCGUCCAACUCUUCGCACUCCUCGCUCAACACAUGCGCUUUUGUCGCCUCGCUCCUGUUUGCCACACACCCGGUGCACACCGAGGCCGUUACUGGCGUCGUUGGGCGCGCUGAAUUGCUCUCUUCGAUAUGCUACCUGGGUGCGUUUCUCAGCUACGCGCAUGCAACGACCUCGUCCUCCUUCUCGUCGGGAGCUGUCGUCUCGUCACGUCGCACGAACUGGCCGUCGCUCUUUCUGUGCUUUGGCAGUUGCCUCUUGGCCUCAAUGCUGUGCAAGGAGCAGGGCAUCACGGUUGCCGGCAUCUGUGCCGUUUACGAGCUGUUCGUGGUGCAACAACUGCGUCCGAUGCAUCUCUGUCACUUUGUGCUGCGUCUUUUCGAGGAGCAGCCAGCGGUUAAGUCAUCGCCAUCGCCUUUAUCUCACACACGACGCUGGUCGUCGGUGCUCUGGAAACGCUUGGCAUUCUUAGCCAGCAUCACCAUCGCUCUGCUGGUGGGACGUGUCUACGUCAUGGGCUCCCAGCUUCCCAUCUUCACGCGCUUUGACAAUCCCGCCUCAUCUGCGGAGACGCCUGUGCGUCAAUUGACUUAUGGCUACCUUAUCUACCUGAACUCCUGGCUGUUGUUAUGUCCAUCGCUGCUCUGCUGCGACUGGACAAUGGGCACUGUGCCCUUGCUAGAGGGAUUUUCGGAUGCACGAAACGUGGCCACAUUGUGCACUUUUCUUGGACUGGCUGCGCUGACGGUAAAGGCUUGCUUCACUCGCAACCUUCCGCAAUCCCGCAUCCUGCUUAUGUGCCUCGGCUGGCUGGUGCUGCCAUUUUUGCCCGCUUCCAAUCUAUUCUUUCCAGUGGGAUUUGUGGUUGCCGAGCGCAUUCUUUAUAUGCCCUCAAUGGGAUAUUGUCUGCUGGUUGCCUAUGGCUUUGAGCAGCUGCAAUCUAGAUGUGGCAAGCAUUGGCGUCGCCUGGCGCAGUUGGCGCUCGUUGCUUUACUGCUGUCGCAUGCGCUGAAGACUCAACAGCGCAACUGGGACUGGCGCAAUGAGUACUCACUGUUCAUGUCCGGUGUGCAUGUGAAUCAACGCAAUGCCAAGCUGUACAACAAUGUGGGACAUGCACUGGAGAACGAGGGACAGUAUGAGGAGGCUUUGCUGUACUUUCAGCAAGCGGUGCGCAUACAGGAGGAUGACAUUGGUGCCCACAUCAACGUGGGUCGCACCUACAACAAUCUCAAGCGCUAUGCAGAGGCGGAACAGGCUUAUGUGCGUGCCAAGGCGCUUUUUCCGCAGGCCAAGCCAGGAGUUAGCUAUCAUGCUCGCAUUGCACCAAAUCACCUGAAUGUGUUCAUCAAUCUUGCCAAUCUAAUAGCCAAGAAUCAGACGCGGCUAGAGGAGGCCGAUCAUCUUUACCGACAGGCCAUCAGCAUGCGUAGUGAUUAUGUUCAGGCCUACAUCAAUCGGGGUGACAUUCUCAUGAAGCUGAAUCGCACGGCUCAGGCACAGGAGGUGUAUGAACAGGCGCUCCUGUAUGAUAGCGAGAAUGCGGAUAUUUAUUACAACUUGGGCGUUGUGUUCCUGGAGCAGGGGAAGAGUCAACAGGCGCAUGUAUAUUUUAACAAGGCCAUUGAACUGUAUCCGGAGCAUGAACAGGCUCUCCUCAAUUCGGCCAUACUUCUGCAGGAGCUGGGCGGUGAGGAGGCGCGUCAAAUGUCGCGUGCUCGCCUCUACCAGGUGCUGUCCAGAGAUGCAAACAACGAGAAGGUGUACUUUAAUCUGGGCAUGCUGGCCAUGGAUGAGUCCAGCUCUGAGGAAGCUGAGCAAUUCUUUAAACGCGCCAUACAUCUCAAGUCCGACUUUCGCAGUGCGCUCUUCAAUCUGGCUCUGCUGCUGGCGGACACCAAGCGACCAUUGGAUGCGGUGCCUUUCCUGAAUCAAUUGAUACGCCACCAUCCAACGCAUGUGAAGGGCCUCAUAUUACUGGGCGACAUCUACAUUAAUCACAUGAAAGAUCUGGAUGCAGCUGAGAAAUGUUAUCGCAGCAUACUGAAAACCGACCCGCAUAACACGCAGGGUCUCCACAAUCUCUGCGUGGUUUUUGUGGAGCGCAAGUGGUUGGCCAAAGCCGCUGCCUGUCUGCAGUUUGCUCAUCGACUCGCACCUGGCGAGGAUUACAUUGGACGCCACCUGCAGAUUGUCUAUGCUCGACUGCAGAAAAUCAACAAGUUACCUGAUACGUCGCCUGAGCGACUGUUAGCCUAUGAGGAUUACGAUCCUCACGAGUAUAAACUGCCCGAAAAUCGGGGAAUGCACAAAGCCCGAACGCGUUUGUAGCUACAAUUAUCUUAAAUUUGUAAAUGUGAAAUGAUUUGUAGCUCAUUUUUUUCUUAUCUAUAUAUUUUUCCUAGUUUUUAACAAAUACUCAUGUAAAAUAGCCAACUGAGGCAGUUGGUAACAAAGUACGUAAUUUCAACCUGACCUUGUUUUGUAUAUAAAAUUAUUUCUUCUUUUUAAAGCAAAAGACGUACGCCGAAAACUUGCAUUUAUUGUAUACAAAUGAAAUUGUACUUAAUGGCAUUAAAUAAAAUAAACUGUACUUACUU